CUGGUGAUUAUCCGUGUCCACCUUACAAAAUUGUAAUUCUAGAUGAAGCUGAUUUGAUGACGCAAGAUGCACAGUCAGCUUUGCGGCGCGUAAUAGAAACUUAUUCCAAAGUUACGCGUUUUUGUCUCAUUUCUUCUCGUUGUGCAAAAUUCAGGUUCAAGCCUUUGGACGCUUCAAGCACAAUAUCAAGACUCAAGAUGAUUUGUGAACAAGAAGCUGUCAAUUAUAGCUCACAGACAUUGGAAGAAUUAGCAAUGUUAUCUGAAGGUGACCUAAGAAAGGCUAUAAUGCAUCUUCAAAGUGCGGCUAAACUUCACAAGAAGGAAAUGAUUACAGUAGAAUCAAUACGAGAAAUUGCGGGGGUUGUUCCGGACUACGUAAUUAAUAGUCUAAUUGGAAGUGCAAAAAGUAAAAAAAACGAAAUACAACUUGAAGAGGAAGUUGUAAAAGCCAUUGAUUCCGGAUUUUCAGCUAUUCAAAUAUUAUCUCAGAUUCAAGAUCGAAUCUUGGCUGAUUAUCAAUUUAAUGAAGCGCAAAAGGCUAGAAUUGGCGAAUCUAUAGGUCAAUUUGAUAAAUAUUUAUCGGAUGGAACUGAUGAACACUUAGUUAUUUCGAAUUUGAUCAAAAUUAUUUCUAUAGAAUGUUAA